UGCGAGCCAGUUUUGCCCUGCAGAGAUGGCUAUACCACUUUCGAAAAAACUCGGUUCUCUCUUUUGUGCAACGACUGUUGUCUUCAUAUCUUUACCUUGCUGGAUUGAAUCUGUAGACAGUGAUGAUUGUAGAAUGAUUGAGUUCAGAGAGAGGAAAGCAAAUAAGGCUCUUAUCAAACAAGUCAUUAGAAGUGAACUAGUACUCCGUGAAGAUGAUUGUCAAAUAAAAUGCUACCUUGAGCCAAAAUGCGUGUCCCUCAACUACGGUCCAUCGGGAGAUGGAGCUUUCGAAUGCGAGCUGAACAGCAAAACCCACUUACAGGUCUCUCCCAGUGACCUAAAGGACAGAAAAGACUUCAUCUACAGAGCAAUUAUUAACCCCUGUGAGAGCAACCCGUGCCCAAGCCAUUCCGUAUGUCAAACGGGGUUUGGUAUCCAUGGAUACCGUUGUGUUUGUCCUGAUAUAUAUCAAGGUUUUCAAAAUCAAGCAGACAACUGGCAAAUGAUCAACAUCGAUCCUGUCUGUUUUGGGACUAAAGGUGACGACUACGGACCUUUUUACAUCCAAGAAGCCGGUCUGAUCUACACAUUUAAACUUGUCCACACAAGUGGCUCAGUGACAUGUUCCACUUCAGAAAAAACAACAACGUGGGGAUGCUCAUUGUCAACUUACGGAAAUCAUAACCUAAUGACAGUGAUAACUUACAGCAACAAAACAGUUCUUCCGCUUGCUGAGUUCGUGAAAGGCGGCGAAGGCAAAUACUAUACAUACCAACUUGACGGUGCUGAUGUCAACUCUACAACAUUGGUGUUUAACCGCCUCCCGACCCCACUUGAUGUAUUAGCUGGACAACAGUUCCAGUUAUGGUAUGCACACGACUUGGUUAAUUUUUCUGAGGAUAAUAACGAUGGUAAGACAUGCGCAGACGUUUUUGCUCUGUACCAUUCACAAUAUGACUGGCGAGUGAUUCAGUUCAAAGCAGGAACGAAGAACAAGAUCCUAACAAAACACGUCAUAAGAAGUGAACAAGUACUGGACAAGGAUAUCUGCGAAUUAAAAUGCUAUUUUGAACCGAAUUGUGUGUCUUACAACUUUGGUCCGCUGGGAGACGGAACAUUUAAAUGCGAGCUGAGUAACAGAACCCGUUUGCAAGUCUCUUCCAGCUACUUCCAGAAUCAGAACGACUUUAUAUACAGAGCAAUCAUUAAUUCCUGUGAGAGCAAUCCUUGUGCUAGUUACUCGACAUGUCAAGCGGGGUUUGGUAAUCGUGGAUACCGCUGUAUUUGCUCUGAUGGAUACGAAGGAGAACAUUGCCAAAAUGAUAUCGAUGAGUGUAGCGAUGGAAGCAACGACUGUCAUUUUGCGGCUAAUUGUACAAACCCCGCUGGAUCAUUCGACUGCAGUUGUAGGUCUGGAUACCUUGGAGAUGGACAGUACUUAUGCUCAGAUAACUGGAAAAAGGUGAACGUUGAUCCUGUCUGUUUUCGAACAAGAAAUAACGACUAUGGAUCCUUUGUAAUCCAGGAAGCCGGUCAAAUCUUGACGUUCAAACUUCUGCAUAUAAGUGGCUCCGUUACAUGUGACACCAAAUUCCCUUCAACUAACUGGGGAUGUUUGAGGCAAGAAUACGGAAAUGACAACUUAAUGACGGUGAUAACUUACAGCAAUAAAACAGUUCUUCCUCUUGCUGAUUUCGUGAAAGGUAACGCCAACAACAAGUACUACACAUACCAACUUGGUGGAGCUGAUGUCAACUCUCCCACGCUUGUGUUUAACCCUCUCCCCACUCCACUGGUUGUAUCGGUUGGACAGCAGUUCCAAAUAUGGUAUGCGCACGACUUGGUUGAUUCCACCGAGUCUAAUAACAGUGGUGAGACGUGCGCAGAUGUUUAUGCUUUGUACUCCUAAACUGAAAUUCAGCACUAAAUUGAAUAAUAGAUUCGGAAGGCCAUUAGUUUUUUUACGGAGAUCGAAGUUAACAAGAUCAAAUUAAAGUCAAACUCAAAGAAAAAAAUCUCAAAAGUACGCCAGAAAGAUUUAUGAAAUGUCAUUGGGAGGUGAAAAAGAAGCCUUUUAGCUAGCUGUUCGAUAAGUAAACUUGAAACGGAAACGGUUUAUAAUUGUUAGGUUUAAUGGAGCAUGAAAUCUCUAAUUAGAGCCCAUACAUAUUUGGGGCUAUCAGUUUCCCAACACGUUCCUUUUGUUAGCUAUUACGAUGAGAAUCCUGGAUAAGAAUCCUGAUUGUGAUAUAGUUCCAUCUGCAACUAGUUCCCCCCUCCCCAAAACACUGUAAUAUUAUCUAAAUUUUUUUACUGCGGUUAUUUAUUACCUUGAGACCUGCGUUCUGUUGUAGAUAAACUUUAACACUACCUUAAAAGGAAAGUGUCAAAUGCAUGUCAACGGUGUGGAGUUCCUUAGCUUUCUCUUUCAUAAGCAACCAAGUUCCAUUUGGUUUCUGUUAUCGUGAUAUUUUAGGAGGGACCGUCAAUUCGGUAUAUUAGUAUAGAUUUUUUCAGACAGUAAAUCAGUAGACUAAAGACUGAGUAUGACCCAUGUUUGUCGGUCUUCCUCGUGCUCCAAUUUAAAUUUGUUUCCAAUAAUUCUCUAUAAUUUUAUUUUGAAUGGCGUACGUGCUAUUUAAAUACAAGAACUGAAACCCUGGGACUCGCCGACGCGGUGUUCCCGCCAACAAAAAUUGGCGCCGACGUCUAUAUCAGGGGCUUUUUGAACAGACGAACUAGAAGUCCCAUUUGUGAUAAUAGUUUAAGCUAAUAACUCUUUGAGCCCACAAUUUUUUCUGGUUUAUAUGGGGCCGAUUGCCGAGAUCCCUUUAGUCUGGUGCUAAUCUAUAAGACACUCUGGUGUUGUUAUUCAUUCACAAUCAUCACAAUCAAUUAAAAUGAAUUUUUUAAAUCUUAUAUGGGUAGAAAAGAAGGAUUGAGAGUUGAAGAGAUGUUAAUUAGACUUGUCUAAGUCUGAAAUGUUUAAUAAUGUUUUGCGGGCGCGCUGCUAUCUACGGCAAUUACAAUAAGACAACAGGCUACUAUUUGCAUGUUAAAACUUCACCAACAAGCAUUUUAAAAUGCUUUUUUAUGA